AUGCGCCGUUACAGUUUGGGAAGACCGCUACCGUUCCAAUCCACGACGCCGCCUCCACCGUCACCGCCUCCGCCCCCACCGUCACCGUCACCGUCAACACCCCUACCGUUACCGUCUUCACCGUCCAGGGAAUCGUCGCCAGGCAUGAGCUUGUGGACGGAUUUUGAGAGCCCCAGGCCAUUAACCACGGAUGCCGGUACCAAUACCGUGAGGCCAGCCACCAGAACCAUUGGCACCAAUGGGAUCCAGGUAUUCCUGGAGCUAGGACCACGAAGUUGCUGGAGGUGUGGUGGUAAAGGCCACACCAGGGAGAGAUGCCAGGGAAGUAGAGUAAAAUUCUGCUCCAGAUGCGGCCUUAUGGGGGUAUUGUCCCGCGACUGCUACGUCAGGUCAACCAACCGAGUGCGAGAAACACCGCUGAGGCCUGGCCGUGCCUCCGGAGUCUCCAAUGCUACCCCAGUUCCUUCGUCCACCGCCGAGGGCAUUGCACCGACCGCCCCGCACCGACUAAGCACCCCACCGUUCAUCCACCGACCACCGUUUAUCCACCGACCACCGUUCCUGCCCACCGUUGAGAAACCGGGAAGAAGCCUGGCUGCCGGACCUGCGGCUCAGACCGGCCGCCCCAGCAGCGCCCACACCGUCGCCGACCCUUAG